GGUGAUUCGAGGAGGGGCAUACGACCGCGGCGGAAAUAUAGACUGACGAUAUGGAUGCAGUAUGGCCGCGGCACAUUGGCUCAACUCGCUAGGAUGCCUAUCGCUGUCGCUAUUAUGCCUUUUCGCUACUACUCUUCAAGUUACAAGCGCGAUCGCGAAAGAGGCCACGGAGCCUUCGAGCCCGGCCUCCAUCGCCGACGCCUCGCCCACUAAGCUUCCAAAGUGCGACGAGUCGUUCGUGAGCCGAGGCGGGGCGGUGAGCGGGUCGUUCCACGCGCCGGAGCUCGUCAACCCGAGCAACACGAGCCGGCAGUGUCUGUACACAUUCGUCGCGGCGCCCGGACAGCGCGUGCUCGUAGAGAUACGCACAUUCAACUUGCGAGGCAAACCGCCAGAUGGAGCCGCAGUCGGAGAGCUACCAGCAUGCAUGCACGAGUACAUGGACAUCUACUCGGAGAUGACGUCGCUGGAGGCGAGCGAGCUGGUGAACUCGGCGUUCGGCGGCCGCUACUGCGGCCCCAUCCCGCCGCGCCGGCGCGUCUCGCUGCACCGCGCCCUCGCGCUCGCCUUCUACACGGACAAGCCCUUCACGCCGCCCACGCUCUUCACUGGCACCUAUCGCUUCAUCAACUCCUCGGAGUUCGAAGUGGGGACUCCGGUACCGAACACGCUGUGCUCGUUCGUAAUCGAGGCCAGCAAGCGCAAAACAGGCCUGCUGCUGUCGCCCACAUACCCCGGCAUCUAUCCCAAGGACAUCAGCUGCAACUAUCAAUUCGUUGGUCAGCCCGGACAACGCAUACGCCUAGAGUUCAGAGACUUCGACCUAUUUUUCGGCGGUCCGCACUGCCCCUUCGACUGGGUGCGCGUGUACGACGGGCCCGACAACUCGUCGGCGGUGAUCGGCACCUACUGCGGCCAGCAGCGCAACCUCGUCCUCUACUCCAGCGACGAGCGCCUGCUGGUCUCCUUCUACACGCUGCCGCGCGCCGCCAACACACAGAACCGCGGCUUUAAAGGCAUCUUCGAGUUCUCAGAGAGUUUCGUUAAGUUAGAUUUUAUAAGCAAACACGAUGCAGAGCACAUCCGGGGCUCCGAGUGCGACCAGAAGAUCCUCAGCAAGAAGGAGUCCACCGGCUUCGUGUACCAUCCAAACUAUCCAUUCCCCUAUAUACAAAAAGUUGUUUGUAGAUAUUUUAUAUACGGUAUGCAAGACUCACAGAAUUUGGAAAGAGUCCGCCUUGAAUUUCAAAACUUUUCUAUACCAAAGGGUGAACCGAAACCGGAUUCGUGCGCCGACGGGUACCUGAAGGUGUACCUGCGCGGGCAGGAGGCCACGGACUCGUACGACAAGCACGACGCGGAGCUGUGCGGCGAGGGCGAGCCCGGCCCGCCCGCCUUCCCGCCGCCGCUGCUCUCCGACGGGCCGCGCCUCGUGCUCGUCUUCAGCUCCGGAGAGCUGCAGGGACGCGGCUUUAAAGCUAAAUACACCUUCGAGACAGAGUACCGUGUGCCGGGCACGGCGGCGCCGGGCGGGGAGUGCGCCUUCACGUACCGCUCCGAGGCGAAGAAGCGCGGGGAGUUCAACUCGCCGCGCUACCCCAGCAACUACCCCUCGCGCACCGACUGCAGCUACACGCUGGUCGCCGCUCACAACGAGCAGGUCACCGUCGUCUUUGACCACUUUAAGGUCAAAGCGGACGCCUGGAACGCCACUGCUGGCUUAUACGGCGGGGCGACGUGCAGCGAGGACUGGGUGGAGGCGUGGUGGACGGGGCGCGAGGGCUCGCGCGUGCCGCUGGGCCGCUGGUGCGGGCCCGCCACGCCCGGCCCGCUGCAGUCGCCGCGCGGCGCGCUCGGCCUGCUGCUGCAUCUGCACACCAACAACGAGGCCGUCGCCUCGGGCUUCAAGGCCAGGUAUAUAUUCGAGCCGGCGAAGUCAAUAUUCGGCGACUGCGGGGGCAACAUGUCGGGCGCGGAGUACGGCGUGAUCACGUCGCCGCUGCACCCGGCGCCCUACGCAGCGCCCGCGCGCGGCGCCGCCUCCCGCGUCUGCAACUGGUUCGUCACCGCGCGCCCCGGCAAGCGCCUGCUCCUCAACUUCCAGCUCUUCGCCGUCGAGGGACAUCUCAUCGACCGCGGGUGCCCUGCGGCGGUGCUGCGGCUGUGGUACGAGAGCCCGGGCCCGCCGCUGGAGCUGUGCGGGGAGAAGGCGCCCGCAGACCGCUGGCAGUACCUCUCCUCCUCCAACUCCAUACGGCUCUCGUUUAUAAUAGCCGACAAGUCAGUGGGCGCGGCGGGCUGGCGCGCCGUGUGGACGGAGGUGACGACGGAGACGGAGGGCUGCGAGAGCGCGUGCGCCGGCGCCUGCCUGCCGCGCGCCGCCGCCUGCUCCGGCCUGCAGCACUGCGCCGGCGCCCCCGCCCCCGCCGCCGCCAGGCCUCCACACUGUUAGUAUACACACACACACACAACGCUACUUUUCGACAGAAAUUACACUUUUUAAAAGCGAUUUUAUGUUAAUUUACAAACAUUUCUUGUAACAUUCCAAGUGAACUCUAGACUUAUGCUAGGAAUGGAUUACAAAUAAAACAUUAACAACAUAAUAGCUGUCAUUGAUAAUUCGCAAUCUCUAAGUAAGUUGAUUAUCGUUAUUUAAAAAAAAAUCUGUAUUAGAACAUAACCUUAUAUUAGGGAGAAAAUAAAUUCAUAUCUAAGAAGAAUCUAAAACAAUCAUUCACACAAUGCCAUACAUGUAUCUACAGUUUGUGCCUCAAAUAAACACGGUGUAACGACACUAAAUGGCUCAGAACUUUCAACUUUCCAAUCUGACUAAUAUUUUAAUUGAAAAUUAAAGAAAACACAUAAUAUAAUUAUUCGAAUAAACCAUUUUUAACCUACUGUAGCGAAUUAUGUUACAACAAAAAAGUACAUACGACUACCAAACUUUUACAGCAAUGUAAAACGUAAAACACAGCAAUAAAUCAGCUUACAGCACAACAAAACAAGCAUUUAAAGUUAGUCUGCGACACUACACAGGAACACAUAGCUUUCAAUGCAUUUGCACAAACAAAACGCACUUCGCUUCUACAUAGUAUUGUACAGUCAAUUGCAUAAAUAUUUAUACAUCUACCAGUACUACCGUUAGGGGCGGCGACCGCUCAGGGCGCCGGAAAAAAAGGGCGCCACAAACUCACAAAGGGCGCCUCAUUUUCAUAAAGAGGCGCCACAUACUUAUAAAGGGGCGCCACAUGCUCAUAAAGGGGCGCCACAUUCUCAUAAAGUGGCGCCACAUUCUUAUAAAGGUGUGCCACUGGCGCCUUUAUUUUUAUGGGUUCAUAUAGCAUUAAGGGGCGCCGUAGAAAUCUCGCCCAGGACGUCGGUAAUGCUAAACGUUGACAUUUACCACUUUAGAAACUUCUAUAAGCCGGUGUCAAAGAUAUGAAAUCAUGUAUUCGUCAAUAACAUUUAGUAAUACUCGGAAACGAACUAACUGAUACGUGUAUGCAUAUUUUUGAAUAUAGAAAGCAUAUACAUGUUUCUACAGGUUUGUAAAUAUUGACAUACUUUUGCAGCUGACUGUACAAGUAAUACGAGAAUUGAAUCUACUUGAAAUAUAUUAUGUAUUCAAAGAUUUUAAGGUUAAGAUAUAAUACGAGAUAUACAUAACCAAUUGUUCUCAGUAGAGACGUUUAUUAGUAAAAUAAUAAUAUAAAAAGUGAUUUU